AUGUCUGAAGCAACUACACAGAACGGCGCUCUCGUCGACAACAACUUCGACGCUGAGAAGGCUUCCGCGCCAGAGUCCCUUAGCCCGCCCUCUUCCGAGGAGGCUGUUGAGGAAAAGUCGCCUCGUCAAGCGCACGGCAUCAAGUGGGCUCUGAUUGUCAUCGCCCUCCUUUCGUCGCUCUUCCUGUACGCCCUCGACAACACUGUCGUCGCCAACGUCCAGCCAAAGGUCGUUUUGACUUUCGACCGCGUUGAUCUCGUCCCAUGGCUCGGUGUCGCUUUCGCUCUUGGCUCUGCCGCUAGCACGCUGCCCUGGUCCAAGGCCUACGGUACUUUCUCCGCUAAGAAGCUCUACAUUGGCAGCACCACCGUCUUCAUGGGCGCCUCUGCGCUCUGCGGUGGUGCCCCUAACAUCGAAGCCUUCAUCAUCGGUCGUGCGAUUGCUGGUGUUGGUGGCUGUGGCAUGUACCUCGGUCUCUUGACUCUUCUCUCCGUCUCCACGACCAACACUGAGCGUCCUCGCUACCUCAGCUUGACCGGUCUGAUUUGGGGUAUCGGCACGGUUUUGGGUCCCGUUGUUGGUGGUGCGCUGGGUGACAGCGCUGCGACCUGGCGCUGGGCCUUCUAUCUCAACUUGCUGGUUGGCGCUGUUUGCGCGCCUGUCUACUUCUUGCUGCUCCCCGACUUCAAGCCUCUUGCUGGUGUUCCUCUUAUGGAGCGCUUUGGACGUCUCGACUACCUUGGCACUGUCCUUUCCAUUGGCAGCAUGAUUUGCAUUAUUCUCGCCAUGAACCUCGGCGGUGUCACCUGGACCUGGGAGAGCGGCAAGAGUAUUGCGCUCUUCAUCGUGUCUGGUGUUUUGGCUAUCCUCUUUGUCCUCCAGCAGGUCUUUUGCAUUGGCACCAGCAUGAGCGAGCGCCUGUUCCCCAUGAACUUCUGGAAGAGCCGCACCAUGAUUGCUCUCUUCCUCACCAUGAUGCUGGCCACCUUUGGAUCCUUCAUCGGUAUUUACUAUCUGCCCCUGUACUACCAGUUCACCCGUGGUAGCAAUGCCGUUGAGACUGCUGUCCACUUGCUUCCCUUCAUCUUGGUUCUGGUCGCUUUCAACUUGAUCAACGGCCAGUACAUGGGCAAGACUGGAUACUACUAUCCCUGGUAUGUUGCCGGUGCCGUUCUCGAGCUCAUCGGUGGUGUUCUUCUCUACACGAUCAACGAGCACACAAGCAACGCCAAGAUUUACGGAUACACCAUCAUCCUCGGUGCCGGUGUCGGUUGCUUCUGCCAGGCCGGUUUUGCCGUUGCCCAGAUGAAGGUCAAGCCCGAGGAGAUUUCCCACAGCAUCAGCUUCAUGACUAGUGGCCAGAUGCUGGGCAUUGUCUUCGGUACCGGUCUUUCUGGUGCUCUCUUCAUCAACUACUCUACCCAGUCACUUGUCAAGGUUUUCCCUGAAGCCUCUGCCAAGGCCAUUGCCGACGCCAUUGCUGGCGUUGGCAGCGAUCUCAUUGACAAGGCUUCUCCCGAGGUUCGCGCUCAGGCUAUUGCUGGUCUGACACGAGCCAUCGACCUCUCGUUUGUCCCCAUCAUUGCUGCUGGCGCCAUUUGCGUCGCCUGCAGCCUUGUCAUGAAGAGAGAAAAGGUCUUUUAAAAUCAUGUAGCGUGGUAACUUGUAGCCAUGAGGUUCUUGAUCAUGGUCUUCGUUGGCGCAAACUUGGGUAAAUUUGAAAUUUGAAGCUGGUUGAAAAUUACUUAUGAAUCAAAUACGGU